AACGCGGAAUCGGCCUAUUUUCAACGAUUGCGGUUACAUCACGGAUUGACGGGAUCGGAUGAAGCCUGUCGAUGAAAAAUCAGAAGCAGGCCAUCCAAGACAGGGCGUGUGCGAUCGUUCAUUCAGUGAAAGUCAUCUAAGACCUGGUAUAUAAAACCGACCCGUGUAACAGAGGAUGGCACACUCUUGGUUCACGUAGAAGACAAGCAACAAUGAGAAUCUUGAUAUUCUGCCUUUUGGCGACGGUGGCAUUCGUAACCAAAGCGGAGCCACAGCAACAGAAGACAAAGCGUGGGGUGCUAUUGGGUUCAGGAGGGCUGGGCGGAUCGUUGGUCGGACUGGACCUCGGCAACAGUCUCGAAUCAGCUGGAAUUCCUGGAGGAUACACGAGUGGAUUGUCCAUUGGUACAUAUGGAGGGCUCUCGAACGGAAUAUCCGGGCUUACCGGAGGAUAUGGCUCAAAUAUCGGCGUAGGAAUAAAUGGAGGGCUCUCGACAAGUCUUACUGCUGGAAUUUCUGGAGGGCUGAGUACUGCCAACGUUCAGUCCAUAGCUCAGCAGGUUCCAGUGGUUGUUCCUCAACAGUAUCCUGUGUCCAGAUCCAUUUCUGCCCCUUACUACGUUCGACAGACUGUCCCCCUCAUCAAGGACCUACCUGUCCAUGUGUCCCAACCUGUUCCAAUCGCUGGGUCGCAAUCCAUCAGAGUUCCAGUACCAGCUCCUCAAUCAAUCCCUAUUCAGCAGACUGCCCCUCAGUCUCUGCUUCUAUCUAGUGGGUCCAGCCUGGGUUCUAGCCUCGGAUAUGCUGGUCAUGGGUCAGGAAUUAAUUCUGGGGGACUUAGCCCAAGUCUGGGUGCUGGACACAUCCCUGGAAUCCACCUUAACUCUGGGAUCAACACAGGACUAACGUCUGGAAUUGGUUCUGCUUAUGGCUCGGGUCUGAACUCCAUUGGUUCUGGCUUAGGACAUGGAUCACUUUUAAAUUAUGGAUCUGGACUGGGUCUGAACUCUGGAUAUGGUUCAGGACUUAGUUAUGGAUUUGGAUCGACUGGUAUCCCCUCUGGUGGUGGACUGAAUAGUGGAUAUGGGUCCUCAUUUGGAUGGACACCUGGAAGUGGCCUUGGUCCUUAUGGCACGGGGUUGACUGACAACCUUGGUUCUGGAUAUGGAGCUGGUUAUGGGUAUUCUACUUCUGGCUCCCUGGAUCGAAGUGGUAUCGUCUUCAGGAAAUACUGAAUUAAUGAAUCAAGAUGAAUCGAAAUGUA